CUUCCGGGCCCGUCGACGGUCCCAGUUUUAAAAAAACCAAGUUGCAACAGGACGCAUGUUGUUAUAUUCUAUUAUGACCAAUUUCCAGCCAAACUGACCAACUACCCGUUAUUAGUAUAGUUUCAACUCGGUGCCCAUCAAAUUUGGGCAACUUUGAUGCAGUUGUUAGCAAGAACAGGCUUUAGUUGUUAGCAAGAACCUAGCUUAGCAUUUCCCAGUCAUUUGAAUAGGAAGUUGCUAAGUGUUAAAAACGAUCUCGGUUGACACAUUUAAAUGUAUUUUUACCACACACAAACGGUACAAAUAAAGUCACCAACCUUCAAACUGUGCCAAUAAGCCAUCCAGUAUGCUUCCAUAGUCCAAAACGAUGUUUAUUUGCUUGAUCGAUGUGACGCUAAGAAUGGUGCCUUGUGUACAUCCACUUUGCUGCAUCAUCUUCUCUGACAUGUUUUCACCACAUUUCUUCAAGUUGUCAUCUAUUGUUACACAUGAAUCAAAAGCUGACGAUGUCCCCUGUAAUAUUCCAGAGCUAUUUUUUGGCGUGGAGCAACGUGUACGGAGAGGCAGACGUCUGUUUCACCUAAGCACAGCAUUCUUGUACGCGUCUCGUAGUGAACCUUUAUUUUGGUAGUUGACAAGAUAGGCUGAGAGGUCACAAACGCUCACCCAAACUUGAGUGACAUCUAAUCCAGCCAAUAGUAUGCUUUCUUCUGACAAUGUAGGUUGGUCAUUCAUCCCGAUUGGUGAAUCCCUCACGUUUUUGACGGCAUGCGUAUCUGCCGCAUGGUUUUGGUUGUCACAACAACAUUGGAGUUGCCGCCUACUCUGCUUGCUUUACGCAUCGUAGAGCAGCAUUUCUCGUCAGCAAUUUCGGGUUUGUACUCCCUAAAAGUGUGUGUUGCCUGUGAGUGUGAGUCGUCUGUGCUUUCUGUGAGUCGAGUGUUGUGAAGACAUCAUGGAUGGACGCGGUAGGAAGCGCUAUACUUUGGCCGAAAUCCACGCUCAACUUUUUGAUGACGGCGGGAAUGAGACAGAGGAUGAUGCGGUGUCCGAAGCUGACAGCACCGACUCAGCGCUUCAGGCGUUUGAGGACGGCAUAGAUGUCGUCCUCGAUUUUGAGGAGACAUCUGACUCGGAUGAUGGGAACACAUCUGAUGACCCUUUGGAAGGGACUUCAACUGCCCCACACCCAGCUGCCUCUCCAACUCCUCCAGCUGCCUCUCCAACUCCUCCAGCUGCCUCUCCAACUCCUCCAGCUGCCAGCAGUGUGCGCAUGAGUGGCAGGCGCCGUGAUCUCCACCCUGCUCCAACUCCAUGCCCUCCUCCAGUUAGUCGUGGUAAGCGCCCCUCAAAAGCCUCUGCUCCAACUCCAUGCCCUCCUCCACCAAGCCGUGGUGCUACGAGUGGUCAACGCACCUCACAAGCCCCUGCCUCAACGCCAAGCCGUCCUGCGAAGCGUGCAUCCCUGGGUCCACCGCCGCAGGACUCCGACUUCUGGCGUGAUGCAACGAGUGAAGACGUGGAGCCUCCACCGUUGCCAUUUCGACCCAGGCGCCCUCCAGGACCACAGCUGGACCCUCAGGUAGACUACCGGCCGCUUGACCUGUUCUUAUUGUUUUUCAGCAAGGACGUGGUUAGGACCCUGUGCAGGCAUACCAAUCUCCAUGCUGCAAAAAGGGCUGCACAAGGACGAAAGAGGAAGUGGGUCGACAUAGAGCCGGAGGAGAUGUACCGCUUCAUCGGAUUGGUCAUCUACAAGGGAUUGAUGAAGUUGCCAGAGAUGCGGGACGGAUGGAGGAAGGACCGCCUUCACAGUUUUCCCUUCCCUGCAUCCGUCAUGCCAGGGUACAGAUACGAGGUAAUCUUCUCAACCCUUCACAUGAGUGACCCGGCUGUUGAUGCAGCAAAUGAUCAGCUGAAGGGCCAGCCUGGGCACGAUGGCCUCUGCUGCCUCAGGCCGCUGCAUGAUGACCUCCUGACGGCGUGCAGGGCUUACUUCCACCCGCUCCAGAACCUCUCAGUGGAUGAGAGGAUGGUAGGCACCAAGUCCCGGAUCGGGAUGAAGAUGUACAGCAAGGACAAGCCAACAAAGUGGGGGUUCAAGCUGUUUGUCUUGGCUGACAGCUCGAAUGGCUAUACGUCGUAGGAGGUGGUAACAGCACAUUGCUUGUUUCAAUUUUGCAAUCGUUCUGGCUAACGGGGCUCUGGUAUGGACUGUUUUAUAAUAUGUUUAUACUCCUCCUCAAAGACUGAAGCAGGUUUAUGAGGGAUGAUAGGUCCUACUAUUGGUUUAUUUGAAAUAAUGG